GAAACAAACAUGGACGACGCGGUGCAAGAGCCGGAGAAGAAGAAUUGCACCUUUCUAUUUAAAAGACGUAAAAUCCACAGUAAUGCCACGAGAAAGCGGAAAGAGGCGGAUAGCAACGAUGGUUAUGUGUAGAAAAACAUCGCGCGGAUAAACGUUUGUAUUCAUUUCUACGUAGAUAGCAGCGAAGAUGAGACCACGGUGAUUAAGAAGGAGAAGAGGCAGGACGAGCAUAAUCCUAUGAUACAAAGAACAAACGUGAGGAGGCACCAGAGGACCAGUUGCAACAGCGACGACAGCGAGGAUGACAACAUAACUGUGUCGUACAAAAGCAACAGAACAGCUCUACUAGCUGGCCCAAGUGAUCAAGGAGCGACCGCUAUUCUACAGACAGAAACGGAGAAGGAUAGGGAUGCGCAGGCACUAUUUGAGAAGGCCCAGAAAAUAAAUGAGGAACUAGAGGGAAAAGAAGAUGAUAAAAUUUAUAGGGGUUUAAACAACUAUGCACAGUACUAUAAAAAGAAGGACACAGCAGCUGGAAAUGCAUCCAGUGGAAUGGUGCGUAAGGGACCAAUUCGAGCGCCGUCCAAUCUCAGAGCGACAGUGAGAUGGGAUUAUCAACCUGACAUAUGCAAGGACUAUAAAGAAACUGGUUUCUGUGGUUUUGGAGACAGCUGUAAGUUCUUACACGAUCGGUCGGAUUAUAAAUUAGGAUGGCAAUUGGAAAGAGAAGCUGCUACCGGAGAAUAUAAUGACAGUGGAGACGAAGAUGAUAAAAAGUACGAGAUUGAUAGCGAUGAAGAUAACUUGCCAUUUAAAUGUUUUAUUUGUAGAGACAGUUUCACAGAUCCCGUUGUUACAAAGUGCAAGCAUUAUUUUUGUGAAAAAUGUGCUUUGGAGCAAUACAGGAAAAGUACACGGUGUUAUGUCUGCAAUGUUCAGACUAACGGCACCUUUAACCCUGCAAAAGAACUUAUCGCACGAAUCAAAGGAGAGGAUAAGGAGACCGCAGCAAGCGAAGACUCCGAUAAAGAUUAAUACAAUUUUUCUACGAGAUUAUCUGUUUUUACAAUUAUGUAACAAAUGAUACUGUAACAUGAACUUUAAUGAACUAUAAAUGUUAAUGUAGACCAAUUUAGAAUAUCAAUCGGUAGAAUGCAUUUAUUAACUUUUUAGAACAAUCAGUGGUCAGGAGGCAAUCCUUAGUUAAAUUUUUUUGAACAUUGACUUAUCGAAUGGCAUUAAAAAAAAUAUAUAUAUACAUCUUAUUGUAUGAAUACUAUAGGCAAAUAAAAAAAUAUAUAUACUC